CCCGGAUUCUACCCUCGCCAUCUUCCCUUGACAACACACGCCGUCCGCUGUUCAUUACGCUCACGAUCUUUCCUGCUACCACCCACGUAUAGAAGACCGUCGAUAAGUCCGCUAGAUCCGUCCGCGCGCCCUCGCGACCAUGGGUGGCGACCUCAACACCAAGAAGAGCUGGCAUCCAGCGCGAUGGCAGAACCAGGAGCGAAAACACAAGGAAGAGCAGGCGAAGCGGGAGGAGCUGAAGAAAAUAGAGCAGCUACGGAAAGAUCGCGAAAAGGAGCGGGAGCUUGAGGAGUUGCAGCGACUACAAGAGGCCGCGGGCGGUGGCGGUGGACAACUUCAAAUCCUGCAGAAGAAGGUGGGGUGGAUGUAUGAAGGGCCUACGGGUGAAGCGGGUGGGGUCACGGAGGAGCGUGAGGGGUUUCUUCUGGGAAAACGGCGCAUUGAUGCGCUGCUGAAGAACGACGAGUCGCAGAAUCUGAGUAAAAGCUCGGCACCUAGCAUCGAUACGCUGGGCCCGGGCAAUGCGGGUACAACGCGUGACAUACAGUCCAAGAUCGCGCAGGAUCCGCUCAUGCUGAUCCAGAAGCAAAAGCUGGAAAUGCAAGUCAAACUGGCGAAGCAGGCCGAGAAACUAGCCAAGGAGAAAGAAAGGGAACGCAAGCGCAAGAAACACGGCCACCAUGAGCGCUCCCACUCUAAGGAUCGAUAUCGUUCACGUUCUCCUCGGAGGCAUCGAGACGACCGCCGCCUUCAUCGUUCAAAAUCGCGGGAACGACAUAGAGAUGACAGGGACAAUCACCGCUCAUACGCGAGAGACCGCUAUCGAUCACGCUCUCCGCGGCGAUACAGCCGGGACGACUCUGAAGAUCGCACGUACCGGGAUCACCGUUACCGGUCAAGAUCUCCAACCCGCAAAAGAAGAGACGACCAGCGGGAUGACCGCCGACAAGACCGCCUGGAUGACCGCCGAGAAGACCAUCCGGUCGGCCGUGAGAGGUAUCGGAAGCGUUCGCCGUCACCAUAUGCGGAUAAGCAGGCGGAAAGACUCGCCGCUAUGCAAGCUGACGCGGAAGCUCUGGAGAACCAGCGUCGCGAGCGCGUGAAACAACACGAGGCGGAGGACGCCGCGGAGGAAGAGAAGCAGAGGAGGAAUAUGAACGGAUCGGCUCGCCGCCUGGUGUCUGGUAUGCGCUUGGAAGCCGCGGAGCGCCGAUGGAAUGGAUGAUUUCGUAUUCUACGCACAUUGCUUCUUAUGGUCAUGGAUCGAAAGACGACAUAUGGAUUCGAGAAACAGGCAUAAAUGAGCAGAGAGCGGUGCUCCACUGCCCACGAUAAUGAUACCCGGUAAUUGCAUAUAUUAUCAACGAACUA